GUUGUUGCUCUGGGUAACGGUCUCGCCAGCAAUGGCCGCUCACUGAAAUCAUUCGCGAAUUCUCUACAGCAGAUAUGUGUGGAUUUCCUCAGAGGUUUACAGCAUCCGAACCUUAGGACUCGUUUUCAGAAUGAAUUUGUCCAGAGUACAUCAGAAUGCCAGCAGGUCAAAGUGAUGUGAGGGCUAAGACGAAUGCUCGCUUUAAUGAAGUGUUAAAGAGAUACACAAAUCCUCCUGCGCAGAAAACCAAAGCCAAGCAGACCGUUGACCAGUCUCAGGAAAUCCUUGUGCUUCAGACCUUGAAGAAGAACCUUGAUUUGAGUAAAGACACAGAGGAUGAUGAAACCAUCAUCCAUAACACGUAUGAUCCAGCUCAUGGCAGCCCCAGGUUCACCAAAAACAGACGCCGAGAGAGGGAGGUCUCAGAGAAGACCAACGCAAUCCAUAAUGCCAGCGAGGAAGAGCCCCCAUCGACGAACGGGAAAAAGAAAAGCAGAAGAAAACUUCCACCUCUGAAAACACCUGUUAAAGAUGAUGAGGAGAACGAUAAGAGGGCAGAAGCAGACAUCCAAACUGAAACACAUGCAGGACGAGGUCGCAAAGCUAGAAAAGGGAAGAGCAGAGGAGCAAGUGAUGUCACUGCGCAGAUAGGAGAGACGGAGACAGAAGAUGAUUAUUUACAGGAGUACCAGCAUCAGAUCUUGAAGGCAGAGGAGAAAGGCACGAAGAAGCUCACAGAGAGACAAGAGGUACCGCUGUUAAACAAUGAACUGGAGAAGAAGAAGAGAAAGAAAAAGUCAAAAUCAAACAAACAUGAGGGAGAUACAAGUCAGACUGAAUUGCUGGCGGAUAACCAGACAGAACGUGUGCAGGAAGAUGUCGUGGAGAAGUUUGAAGAGGACACAGUCAAGCCUAAAGUGAAAAAGAAAACGAAACGGAAGGAAGUGAUUGUCGAGGAGGAACAGACAGAAGAAAAGCCGUCGUUCGACGACAGUCUCGUGCUGGGAGUUUAUAUCCACAGGACAGACAAACUGAAGACAGACCUGCUGGUGUCUCACCCCAUGGUCAAAGUUCACGUGGUCGAUGAGGUCACAGGACAGUAUGUCAAGAAGGAAGACAGCAACCGUCACGUGUCAUCCUUCUAUGAACAAGAGAACGUCGAGCACGUCCUGCCCAUCAUAACUCAACCCUUCGACUUUAAGAAACACAAAACGACAGUUCCAGAGUGGGACGAGCAGAUCAUCUUCAACGAACGCUUCGGUUAUUUCGUGCAGGAUGACGAUGAAUCUCCGCGAGUGUUGCUGUUUUUUGAGAUUCUGGAUUUCAUCAGUGUGGAAGAAGCCAGAACGAACGUCUCUGCUGAGCAACCUGAGCGGGGAUUUCGGAAGAUCGCCUGGGCUUUCUUGAGGCUUGUAGGAACCAACGGUGUUCUGAACGUCAACACCAAACUGCGUCUCCAGCUGUACUGUCCACCCGCCCGAGCAAAGAAACUGCCACAGACCGUUGAUGUAUUCCAGUGGUGGUGGAAGUAUCCGAGGAACAAAUAUUCUUCAACUCUAUAUGUGACGGUGAAGGGCAUCAAACCUCCAGAACACGUGGAUCCUGGUGUCCGCUCUAUGACGGCUUUACAGCAGGAGAGAGGCAGCACAUUGUACAGUGAGCUUCAGAACGAGACCACCAAUAAAACCAGCACACUGCUACAGGGGGCCACAUCAGAAACCAUGAAGUGGAGUCGCUUGCCGGGACAGGUGUGUCGCAUCCCCAAUAAACCAAUGCACUCGUUCCGGGGUGGUCAGAUGGGAUGUUUUACUCUGCGCUUCUCUCAUGACGGACGGGCCCUGGCGACAGCGUGCGCAGAUAGAGACGUGUUCCCCAUCAUCAUAUAUGAGAUUCCAUCUGGGAAAGUUUUAGCAUCUUUUAAUGGCCACCUCAGUGUUGUGUACGAUCUCUGCUGGUCCAGCGAUGACAGAGGACUAUUAACAGCAUCUUCUGACGGAACAGUAAGAGUUUGGAGCAUUGACCGCCUGCAGACAUUCGCUCAUAAAACUCUGCCUCACCCUUCAUUCGUCUACUGCGCCCGCUAUCACCCGCAGGCUCAAAAUGUGGUGGUGACCGGGGGUUACGACGGACUUGUGAGGGUGUGGAACGUGGACGGACAGGACGCCAACGGACGACUUCUGCAGGAGUUUGAUGGACACAAGACGUUCAUCAACACACUGUGUUUCGACACUGACGGGAGCAGAAUGUUUUCAGCGGAUAAUUCUGGGAUCAUCAUAGUUUGGGGAACAGAGGUUGUGGAUGGAUCUCGACGUGGCGUGACCAGUCGUUGGCGUAAAGAGAGGGACAUUAAAGAGGCCGAUUUGCAGGGAAUAUCUAUUAACUCGGUAGAAGUGCAUCCGAACGGAAGACGACUGUUAAUUCAUGCCAAAGACAGCGUUUUAAGAGUCAUGGAUUUGAGAAUUCUUGCAGUGAAGAAGUACGUUGGUGCCACAAACUACAGGGAUCGAAUUAACAGCACAUUUACGCCCUGCGGAAGCUUCAUCUUCUCAGGAAGUGAAGACGGACAGGCUUACGUGUGGAAUUCGGAGACAGGCGAUCAGGUGGCUGUGUACUCGGAGCUCUGCUACUCUUCUGCUCUUCGGGCCGUAGCUUUUCACCCUCAUGAGAACAUGGUGGCGUUCAGCGCAUUCGGCCAAAACCAGCCCAUCCAUCUCUAUCUGUACGACAGGAAGGUGGCUCAGAUGGAGGUGGAGAGUUUGAGAGGGAUGAACCGGACAGAGUUUGCGGACCGUAAGAAUCCGUCAGAGGUCACGACCUUUCAGAACCCCUCUGCCAGCGGAAUGGAUCGGUUCGCCAGCACAGCACGCGUGUCACUGAAGAUUCAGCGGGUCAAACAGAAACUGGAUUCUGUGCUGGAGCCCCGUCGUAGUUCUCCUAAUGUGGAUAUGAUGUAUGAACAAGGUGGUGUGUCUCACCUGGGAAGGAGUCUAGAAGGCACUGCAUCAUAUUUUCCUCCUCCAUCUCUACUGUCCCCUCAUUCCAAACUACAGAUGACCACAUCAUCACUGAGUGCUCACCUCAUACCACAGGCAACACUCGCUUCACUGAGCAGUGGUUAUGCCCCUGUUGGGCAGCCCAUCAGAAGAGCGCCAUCUCUCAAACACCAGAAAAGUUUCCUGGAUUAUGAAUUCUCUCAACAAGCAGAGACGGACUUUGGACAAAUCCAUGAGACGGUGGUAUCUUUGUAUGAGUACAGAGCGAACCGAUCUGAUGAGCUGUCCAUACGGCGCGGUGACGCCAUCCAUGUGCUGUAUAAAGACAAUGACAGCUGGUGGUUUGGACGGCUGGUCAAUGGACAAGAGGGAUAUUUCCCAGCAUCCUAUGUGGCUGAUGAAGGGAGUUUCGAUGAGGACCUGUCGCGAGCUUUAGAAGCACAACCUGCAGCGUCAAAUCAUUCUGAAGCAGAAGUCCAACGUGCAACUCCAGUCCAGCUGUCUGCAGCCAUGAGUGCAUCCGGAGAACUAAAAAUCAUCUCAGAACUAGACACUGACCCGGAGGCGUCCUCCACGAAAACAAGAAAGAAGAAGAAGAAGGUGAAGCGUAGUGAAGAUCUUCCCCCAGCUCUCUCGCCAGAUCGUGAGAUGCCUUCAACAUCCUCCAGAAGGUGGCGACCUCUCCCCAAACCAGACAAACCGUGAGGACGAAGUGACUGAUUUCACACCGACUUGACCUCCAUCACUGAGAAUCAAGUGUUUCAUUGUGUAUGUUUCUAUUUGUGUUUUUAGCUGGCCUUAUAAUCAGAAGAUUUAUAUUUUGUACGUUUCUAACUGAUAUUUGUAAUAUGUCGUUUUACGGCACACUUUUUUUUACUGUAUUUCUGUGAUAUACCGAGCUUAUAUUUUAUUUAAAUAUGUAUUUGUUUAUGUUUGUGUUUUAGAUUGAUUUUAAUUCUGAAUGUUACAGCAACACCUCAAACAGAACUGCAUUACUAAUAUAAACAUUUUGCACCGGUCACAGAAGGGAAUAAACUAGUUGCCAAAAAAAGACAAAUGUCAUCAAUUC